ACCAAGGCUGUCCAACAUUCAGAAUCAAUCGCUCGUUAGCGCAGGUUGUGUUCGUCGUCAGUUGUGAGGAAAUAAAGAUUUAAUUCUCUAGUCCACGAAUAUAGGAAAAAAAUCUCCACACUUGUCCUACUCACGAUAAUACCUGUACGACGGAUUGUUGUUCGCUGUGAAGUCGCUAAGAUUCGUCAAUAUACAAAUUAAUCGACGGCGGGUUGAAGGCACCAGUGAAUUUUUGCAGCUCUGUGACCGACGAUUGAAACGGAGUGGUUGAACAGCGAAGAAUUUCUAUUCGGUUUUGUAAUCGUGCACCUACGAAUGAGUGACAACUUUGGCUAACGCUGACCGAUUUGGGGUUGAAACACAUAUUUUGGCCAAGUUUGGUGAUUGGGGAGUGAAGAAUUUGGAUAGUGAAGAAAAUUUGAGGGAACGGAAAUAGCUGAAACGUAGCGAAAAGUCCGAAGGGGUUUUUCGUUUCUGUAGUGAAGUGUGCAAUAAAUUCUAAAUUAUAAGAAGAAUAAAUUCGAUUACCACCAUUCCUGGAGAGCACUAGCUGUCAAAUUCCAUACAAAAUGAACGGAUACGCAGACCUGACAACUAAUCUGGAAAACAGCCGGAAUUGCUUGCGGCGGAUCGCCCGACACGAUGAUCAGGAAUUCUCGAACCAAAGUAUACUGAACGCCAUGGAGAAGUUUGUCAAGACAGUCAAUGCCAUGGACGAGACGAUACUGGUGCCCUGUCGGUUAAUGGAUCGAAAGGUUGGCGAUUCAACUGACACAUUACCUAUGGAGCAGCAACAGAAGCCACAUUCCUAUCACGGUAAGAAGUCCGGUAAGGCGUCCGUGCGGGACGCCCUGAACACGUCGGACCUAUUCAAGUUGUACAACAUGCUGAACGUGGUAAAGGUAGAUCUGCUCUGGGGCCGACAAGACGCCGACGAAGUUGCAGAGUCCCAGAUGGGAUCCACAGCACAGAGCACGACCGACGUUCAAUAUAAGCAGAAAUCGGCCUCGCCAGCUCCGGAACAGCAGCCACAGAACAUGAGCAGCAACAGCAGCACCACCAGCAGCAGUUCAGUGAGCGAAUCUGGCAGCAGUAUAAAGGGGCACAUUCGUCGCCCGAGCACAGCCUCCAUGGCCUCGUCCAACAGUGGAAGCACUCUGAGCGACUCCGAGAGCGAAAUUAGCGCCGAAAAUGACUCCGGAAUCGAGUCGGAGAGCAACGUUGACCAGGACAAGAGCACCGAGCUGGCGAAACAGUUCCGAACCCAUCUGCUGGGACUGUAUCGAUCGCUGGAACAGAUGACGGAAGCAGCCAACUAUCUGACGGCCAGAUAUCAGAGCGACGUUGGACCGGUCUAAGUUGGUGCGGCUCUCGGUUAUUGCGGGUUCUGCACGCUAAACAGAGAGAGAUAGAGACGGAAAAUGUUCCCCCGGUGAUAUAAAGCAAAAAUGUGUCCCCGAGACUAGUACACGAAAUGUGUCCGCGCAGCGCGCGUGCGCUCUGGCAUAACGACGAAAACCAAAUCUCUGUAUAAAGGUAAUAAAAAAAGGAAAGGAAUGAUUCUGCAGACUAGGAGCUAAACAACAUCAACAAACAAUUCUAUGCAUGUAAAUGUAGAUGUAGGGAGACUUAUGUUUUGUUCUUUUGUUGCCGUGUACGAAACCAUCUAUAUUUUCUGAUUAGGUAGAUGAGUGAACGUUUCUGAGUGCCUGUGAUGAGUAACUGUUGAGUGAGUCCUCGUGCGAACCGAAUGAGCAGAUAAACGUACUAGUUCUUAGAGAGUAGAAAUUAGUUUCUCUAGGUCAUUUUCAUUUAUAAUUGGGUAGAUCUGAGCCUGAACAUGGGCGAGUUUUGGUUUGGUUCCGGCACAUGAAAUCAACACAGACCGGUUGGGUUUGUGUGCGUGUGCUUGUGCAAGCGCAUGGGGGAGAGAUGAGUGACCACCGCACCGCCAAUGUGGAGGGUCCCUCAGGCAUAUCGUAGUAGACUGAAAACGUGUCGAACGAACACUCGCGCAUGCUCAGCCUGCUCUCACGCCUGCCUCAUUCGGUCGCGCGCUUAGUUUACUUUUUCAUCUUGGUCGUUGCAACAAUGAACGGAAGAUGAUGAUAGAUUUAUUUAAUUUAGACAAGAAGAAAACUGAUAAUGUGGGAUUAAAGAUUAUUUAUUGUAAAAUAAUUGAACUGAGUUGUAACAUUUUUCUCUGAUUUUUUUGUUUGCUCGGUUUUCUUUUACAAGUGAAAGGGUAUGUGUGUUAGGGGAUAUAAAGUAAUUGAAACCGGACAAAGCAAUCAGGUUCAGUAGAUUAGACCACCUAUGAACAAGUCUGGCAUGAGCAGAGAAAUGGAGAAGUAGCGAAAGUGUGUGUUUUAAUGAGAUUAUCAAAAUCUUCUUACAUUGGGAGUGAGAAUAAACAGAAGUGCCAGCAGAGAGCUUAGUUAUUAGAGAUAAGACAGAAAGAUCAGUGAUACAGUUGAAGGAUGUUAUCUCGAAUGGGAGAAAAAAAUCGAACCGAAUGAAUGUAAGAUAUGUGUUUUCCAAAAUGAUUUAAAAUUAUACAUAUUUGUUCCCUUAUCUAUAGUUCGUGUUCUUUUCCUAUGUGACUGGUAUAAAGAAGAAGCUAAAUGAUUAGUUCGUCAAAAAUGUUACAAUUGCAUAAAUCUGAUGGUGGCUAGGUUUCAAUAAUUGUCUGUCUUUCUGCAGGUACGCUUUUAAGUUCAACUUAGUCAUUAAGGUGGCAGUAAGUAGAUUUGUUCGCCGGCUAAGGAAAGGGGAAUUGGCAGCGUGAAUGUUGGCAUUGCGUAAUUUGCAGUGUCGAGGCUUGCUCAAUGCUCAUCCAUCAACACGGAUUCAGCAUGGUAUAAGACGGGUUUGCAAAUUGUUGGCUCUUUCACUGAGUUUCCUAUACAUGAAAAGACAUAUAAAGGUAACGCGCUAUCACCAUUGAGCUUUGGUUUCAACUUUGUCAAAUUUAGUUCAUCAAAGACAGUAUACAUAUAAAGGACAAUACUUACAGUAGAUAAUCGCUUUCUCAUAAUGUUAACUUCCACUUUCAAUGGUAGCUCGAAGAAAAACAGUUUAUCAGUGAUACUUGUUCGAAGCUUUGGUAAAUAUGUUAUUUGGCUUUGCUGAAAAUUCAAGAUGACUUCCAUUGCCGAGUAUGUGGGAAUAUGCGCGAUACGCUCCAUGAGCCUUGAUAUUAAAGACCCUUAUUACGUAACAGCGCAAAUGUCAAAUGCCAAGAUUCAUUAUUCCAACCAAAACCAGCCUAAAUUGUUUCGCCUAAAUAAUUUAAAAAACAUUUUCGAAUCAUUCUUCCCGGUUUUUGAUGAAAUACAUGGCGAUCGAUGUCUCAUCUUUGUUUGGUAUUCUUCUCUUCUCCUCAAACGUCAACGUUUCCUCAGUCGUUCAUUUCUCAUAUAGUGGCAGUAGCUCUCAUGAGAUGAGCGUGCGCAAUAGUGCAUGUACAUGACUGCUUCAUAAAGGAGCAUGCACUGCUGCAAAUGUCUAAUUUAAUGCUAUUCCUAUCAUAGAUAUACGAUCAAAUCGCUUGCGCAAAACAAACGACUGCUCGCUGGGCCUUUCAGCUAUUCUUAUUUUGCUCAAUAUUAGGAUUAAUUUUUAGCGUUAAAAAUUGUUUUCGCAUAAAGCAUUUCUAGGCUAUUUUUGUUAGUAAAAAAUCUCAAAUACGCAAAAAAAAA